UUUGACUCGUAAAAAAGACCAAAAAAAAAGGAAACUGUGGUUGUAGUGGCAAAGCUCAUCUACAGUCUGGCUAAUUGGCAGGUUAAAGCUUCCUGUCAAUAAUUUCCAACAUCAGCAACAGCUUCUCUCGCCCUGCUUUCUCUUCUGAGAGGGUAAAACACCCUGGAGAGCUGCUCCCAGACAUCAACGCAUCACUUUGCCAGAAUUCCACACACACACAAACACAUACAGCCAAGCAGACGACAGAUGUUCCAAAAUACCACAACAGUGCAGAUGCAGGCUGGGAAAAGCCCUGUGAGGUUUACAUUGCUUCACUAUAAAGCUGCCUAGGGCUUUUAGGGUUGACGUGAGCGACAAGCAGACUUUGUGACUCAGGAAUCAGGAAGACAAAGAAUAAAGGAAAAGUGUCCUAACACAGUGAGGUAUUGGAUUUCUUUUUAUUUCCUCAUUUGAAGUUGUGCAACAACUUCUUUUUUCCCCUCCUGCGCUGCCUUUUAUGAACGUUUGUAUCAGUGUGGUUCAGGGCAAGAGAGGUGAAGGAGUCGUGUGUGGGAACUACAGCAGGAAGGAAAGCACAGCUGGGAAUUUUUGCCUGGAGCGAGACAGACUGGAGGUCUGUAGCAUAAAAGGAGGCAAAAAUAGAGGCAACAUAAAGAAGAAAAGGAGAGAGAAAGAAACGAGCAAGGAGCGCAGACGAUGAAGAGAAGAUGAGAGGACUUAAUGAGCUUUGACAAGAAGUGAAAGUGGACUUCAUGAGGAGGAGUAGGGUGGAGACAUGAAGAUAACACAAGAAAGGGAAACUUUCCUGCACACCCCUUUUGGGGAAAAAAAAGAAAAAGAAAGGAUGGCAAGGCAAAUAACACAGUCACGCCACCUUAACUCAUUUCUACACCUGUGCAUUUUAAACAUGCAGAUUUAAAUCUUCCUAUCAGAAAUCACGCAGAAAGGCGGCCAGCUUAAACACACGAUAAUGAAAACCCGACCUGGACCUGCACACAAGCGCUGGCACUGCCUUAGACCUGCCACGCCAGCUGGAUGGGGUUUUAUUCAAAUCUGUUGUAAUAAGCAGAAGUGCGUUGUGUUGCUUCCGAGGACUUUGCUCUCCAAGAGUGUGUGAGAGUUGUGCUUUCCGCACCCCCCACUGCACUCGCCGCUCUCUCCCUCUGCUAACCUGUAAUUUGAUGUUUGUGUACAUACCUGCACAUGCACACCCACACGCUCUACUCUCUCUCUCUCUCUCGCUCUCGCUUAUAUGUACACUUGCACACGCUCUCUCUCGCUCUUCCUCUGAGCAGCAGGUCCCUGGAAGCAGCCAGACUGUCACUGACUGCUGCUAGCACAUGCUCGCUCUCAGCUCGGCACUUUCUUCAGUAGCUGCCAAGAGAGGAGGAGGAGGAGGAAAAGUGAGGCUGGAAGAAACAGACUGAAACACAGAUAGAGAACAGAAAGAGAGAAAGAGAGACUUGGACCAACCUGUGACUGCUUGCCUCUGCCUGGCUGACUGUGUGUGUGUGUGCGAGACUGGAGGGAGACUACAAGUGAUGCCUCACACAGUCCCGAGCAGCACAUAGCCAGGACUUUGCUCAGCUUUCUUUGUCCCCCCCAUACACCCCUCUUUCUGUUUCAAUGAUGAGAAGAGAUCGCAUCUUAUUAGCUGUGACCCUCACGGCCGUCUUCUCCGCCGACCUCUACUUCAUCCUCUUGCCGAAGCUGCGGAGCAAGGGCCUGACAUCGGGACACUCCUGCUCAUGUGGCCCCAACAAACUCACCCUCCCCCCCAGCCAAGGGGGUCUGGCCACGCCGCAGCUCUCCAACUGGACUUCUGCACCACUCCUGGACGGCACCACGUCUGAGCCUGCGUACGGAGGCUCAAAACUGGUGAGGCUUUUCUCUCACCCUCUAUACAACAUCCAGACUCCGGCUCUGGGGCCAGAAGAGAGACUGCUGCAGGUGGAACAGCUGAUUGACUACUACAGGAGGAAGGUGUCGCACUGGGAAAGACAUAUGAAGCUCUACAGUGAGGCAGCGGCUCUGGCUAACAUCACUGUGACUAAGCAUGAGGUGACCUACGACCCUGAUGCCAGCUGGCUGAAGUUCCACCUGGGAAUAAAUCGCUAUGCUCUGUACUCCCGUGAUGACCCUACUGUCCUUCAACUUAUCAAGGACAUGCAGAGCAUGACAGUUAUCAGUGCAGAUUACACUCAAGAUGAGAAAGCCCUAAAAGGAGCGUGUGAUUGCACCCAAGUGGUGAAGCCCAGCGGACAUCACCUGAAACUGGCCCUGAAAAUGCGCAACCUAGCUAAAGCCAUGUUUAAACCAAUGAGGCAGCAGAGGGACGAGGAGACUCCAGAAGACGUCUUCUAUUUCGUUGACCUCCAGAGACACAAUGCAGAGAUUGCUGCUUUUCAUCUGGACAGGAUCCUAGACUUCCGGAGAGUUCCUCCAGUGGUUGGCAGGCUGGUGAACAUCACUAGUGAAGUCCUAAAAGUAACCCAGAAUGAAGACCUACGAGCUGUGUUCUUCACCUCCCCGGCAAACAACACGUGUUUCUUUGCCAAGUGCCUGUAUGUGUGCAAGACAGAAUAUGCAGCGUGCGGGAGCCCCGACCUGCUGGAGGGCUCCCUGUCCGCCUACCUGCCGGGCCUCAGCAUUGCUCCCCGCAUCUCCAUCCCCAGCCCGUGGAUCCGUUCCUACACCUUCACCGGACGGGAGGAGUGGGAAGUGAAUCCUUUCUACUGCGACACAAUAAAGCAGCAGUACCCCUAUAACUCAGGAAACAGGCUCCUAAACAUCAUAGACAUGUCCAUCUUCGACUUUCUCAUAGGGAACAUGGACAGACACCACUAUGAGAUUUUUACCAAGUUUGGGGAUGAAGGCUUCCUUCUUCACUUGGACAAUGCCAGAGGGUUUGGGAAGCACACUAAAGAUGAGAUGUCCAUCCUGUCUCCACUGUCCCAGUGCUGCAUGAUAAAGCAAUCCACACUGCUGAGGUUGCAGCUCCUGGCCCAAUCGGAGUUCAGGCUCAGCGAUGUGAUGAGGGAGUCCCUGCAGGAAGACUCUUUAAGGCCCAUCCUGACAGAGCCCCACCUGUUGGCCCUGGACCGCAGGUUGCAGAAGGUUCUCCGAGUGGUCCACCGGUGCGUCCGGAGGCUGGGCAAAGACGAAGUGAUCACUAAGGACUUUGUUAAAUCCACAGUGACUCCCGAGGCUGCCACAGACGGGACGAUGCAAAGGUAACAGAGGAUGCGCUCGGCUUCUGGCUGCUCGGGAAGAGACUCGUAAAAAUAAGACUUGAUAUAUUUUUAUUAGGAAAAAGCCGUGAGUCUUCAUCACAGAAGGAAGGAGUCUCUGACAUCUUCACAUGUUUAAAUAAAGACCCUGUUUUUCUUUUCUUUUCUUUUUUUUAAUGAAAUAAAUUGAAGCUUUGUGAGUGGAAACUAACAGCAUCUGAUAGGUAGAGCCACCAUUGGCGUUAGUAUUUAUAAGGUAGAGCUGCGAUGCACUGGAUCAGCUGUUUUUUUUAAAUGAUUGUUGGUUUACACUGUGGAUGUGGAAAGAAAGCUCUGCGUGUCCGUGACAUAUAAUCAGAAAAUAAAGUCUUUAUG